GAUACUGUUAAGUGGCCAGAAAGUAUGAGUCCAAACUUUCAGAGUUUCUUGCAAGGGCUUCUCACAAAGGAUCCCAAAAAGAGACUGACCUGGCCAUAUGUGCUGCGGCAUCCAUUUGUAGCUGAUAGUAUAGAUGAGGCAGAGCUAGAGGUUAAUGGUAUUCCACCCUCACAGUUUGAAAGAACACAGUAUAAUAGUUCCAAACAAGAGAGCAAAAAAGUAGCUACCCCUGACAAACAGAAAGAAAAGAAUGACAAAGAAAUCAAGCCAUCGUGGAUCAAAAAGCUCCAACAACAACAAGAAGGGUCAAAGCAGAAACCAUCCAAGGGGAAAGAGAAUAAUGCUACARCAGAAAACAACAAGGAAAAACCAAGGAAAAACUCACAGAAAAAACAACAAACAACUGUUGGUACUGGCCUUUUGAAAAGGAAAACUAGCAAGGAAGAAAAGACAGUAUUAAAGAAACAAAACAGCAAAGAAAAUAAGACUGAAAACAAGCCAGAAAUUAAACCAGAAAUUAAACCAGACAGUGAACAGCAAAAAGAUACCCAACAAGAUGAUGACUGGGAGGUUGAGGAUGAAGCAAAAGGAGGCAAAAACCCUUGGGCUAAAACUACUAGGAAAGGACAUGAAAUAAGUGAUGAUUAUGAGAGGGAAAUGUCUGUCAUAAACUGUGUUUUGGCUGCGGCAGCUAGGAGAAGAGAAAAACAGGGGAAAACAUCUGGAACCACUGGAAACGACAUUGAUGACCUGGACAGUGAUGAAGAAUGGGCUUGUAUUGUUGAAAUAACAGAACCACAAGAGGAUUCACUGUCAGCCACAGCAGUCCAAGAAAAGGAUGCUAUGGUCAAAAAUCUCAUAACUGACAGGGAUUUCAUCAGCCGCACUCACACAGCAUUGGAAAGUGCUUGCUGUUUGGUCAGGGAAGGAGUGCUUGAGGGUGCAUCUAAACUAAGACAGGUGCUCAGAGUCUUGAGAAACAUUGUUUUAGCAAAAUGCUCUACAAGAGAGAAGUCAGGGCUUUGUAUUUCUCUUGGAAUGCCCUUUAAAUGUCUUGAACUUGUUAGUCAGAUGGUGAAAAGCACUAAUUUGAUACAGCAAACAUGGAGUCUACAAUUACUAGUGGAUGUUCUUUCCUUCACUUCUGUAUAUCUAAAGCAUUGUUUGCUGAUGACCAACACUGACGAAAGUAUUGAUUACAGUGGUUUAUCAGAAUGUGGCCAGGUUCUGUCAGCAGUCAUCCCCUUGUUACUUAAACACAGCCAGGAUAAGGAGCUGGUGCUCAGAGAAGUUACAUUAGAGUGUACUAGUUACAUGUGCCAAGCCGUGGAUCAGCUACCUGAUGAGAAGGUAGAUGAGUUCUAUGAUGGUCUUACRACAAAUCACAUCAAGACCAUUGAUUCAAUAAUCAACACACUAGUGCUGGAUCAGCCUGCACUACAGAAACUUAAAGGUUCAUCUGGUGAUGUGCAUUCCAUCAAAGCAAGAGCCAAACAACUCCAGUAUAUAUCAAGAGCAACACUUUCCUCACUUGUGACCUCAAAACAAAUCCACAAACCCAUCCCAAACUCAAAGACAAACCUCACAUCUGUAAUAGCCAAGAAAUUCCUCCAAAAAUCUCACGAAAAACACCUUGAGACUCUCCUGCAGUAUGCAAGCAGCAAGCACCCAGUACUUUCUGCUAUUAGCACACUAAGUCAAUUGUGUGGAGUUUCUAAAGAGCUGGGAAUUUAUGUCAGCAAACAAGCCAAGGUUGUGGAAGCUUUGGUGGGGUAUAUAAAGGAUGGUGAAAGGGUGAUGGAGUCUAAAGGUGGAGAAACAUUGUAUGCAGUGAUGAAACUGGUAUAUUGUAUGAUAAAUGCACAAGAGGAUGUAUCAGCAGAGUUAUCAGAUGUAUCCCAGCACUUGGCUUCACUGUUUAUCAAUGCAGAGGAGUUUUUAAURCAGAUUUCAUCAGCCAUGCUUCUUGCACAACUGUGGGAUUCUAACUGCUUUAGUAACAAGGCAGACACGAUUAACAAGGCAUUAGAUGCUAUACGAAGGACACUUUAUAUACAAGACAAGCAGAUUUCUCCCUGUACCUUAUUCGAUGGUCCAUCAGGCAUCCUGGACGGGGUCAUGUCUGUUCUUACCUUACUACUAAGAGAGCACGAGAUGUCACUGCCUCUGACAUCAGCCCAGAUGGUUGAACACAGUCUUUGGCAUACCAUGUGGGAUGAUAUGGUAGUAGUACUGGAUCUCAGAGAAGGCGCACAUGAAGGUCAUGAUGUCAUCGGUACCGUUCAAUGGCAUAUCCUGUCGUUCUCUGGCAUGAUAGAAGUCCUGUAUUUUACCGACCAGUUGUUUGGAAAAGCUCCUAUUGAAUGUACUGUCAAACUUACCAGUGCGCACUCUAUAUUUGCUUCUGUCUUGACUCGUUUACUUACGCUGGAGUUCGUCAGUCAACUAAAACAACACGUAGGUGAGGUAAUAUGCAGCUCAUCUGAAGAGACAACUGUUGCUGUUUCUGCUUUUAUACUCCAGGUGGUUCGUAUAUUCUACCUCCCGUUUGCUGUUGAUCUUGACGAUGCAUUACUACAUGACACUCAAAGUGUCUUGUACAAGCACCGGUUUCUUCCUAACCUUAUGGAUAUAUGUUGUAACUUUCUACCCGAAGAUGCACUAGAGCUUCCUAUUGGACUCAUCUCUAGACUCGUGUUGAGUGACGAAAUGUUUGUGUCUCAAUUCGUCCAUCACGUGACCAAUGAAAAGUUGGAGCUGUUCUUUACAUCUCUCAUGGUGGCAGAGUCGUUUCUUACGUUAACAAAUGACGUCAUUGCCAUCUUAAGUCACGUGGCCCGUUGUUCAUCUGAAUACGUUGACUUAGUUAUUUCAAUAUUGGCGGGAGAAGAAGGUUCUUAUGAAACAUUGUACCACAUUCUCAUGCAUAGUGAGGUGAACAUCAGUGCAAGCGCCUGCAACAUGUUAGGAAACAUACUCAAACACACCGCUGUCUUUUAUCCUGUUCUACAAAGAAGUGAGGUGUUGUCUAUUCUGUUUGGUUUAUUGAAAGCUGACAAUUCAAACAUUCGAAAGGCUGCUAGUUUUGCUGUAGGUAAUGCUGCAUAUCACAGUGACACAUUAUACACUUUUCUUGUUCCUGUUAUUCCUCUACUGGUGGACUUGCUGUCUGAUGCUUUACCUAAAACUAGAUGUAACGCGGCAG